AUGACUUUCCGACCAUGCAGACGUGAUGCUGAACUUGCGUCCAGCAAGAAGCAGACGGAACAUGCUGCCGCACUCGAUCCUUCUAACUCCUCGGCCGCCGGCGUACUAUAUCAAGAGUAUCGUCGCGCUUUCAAGGCAUUGGUGCUCUUCGGCUUACAUCUUGUUCUCAGUCUCGUUGUAGAUAGCGCCAAGAGUCGUGCCUAUCUCUGGCAACCCGAUACUCGUGCAGUUGGUUACGUUGCCGUCAUUUCCGCUGCGGCUCGUCUUCUCCUGUUGGUCGUCAACGAACUGCCCGGGACCGCAGCAUUAGUUGAUGGUGACCUGCGAAAGCCAACAAGGAGAGUAUCCUCGAGCGGAUUUUGGGGUAGAGCGCUCUUUUUGUGGCUCAAUUCCACGCUCCUACUAGGGUUUCGAACACAUUCGACUGUGGAUGAUAUAGACAAGCUCCCCGCGGAACUCUCUUUAGAGAUGCUUUCUCACCAUCUCAAGAUGUACUGGCGUGAUGCUGAGAAUGACCCCAAGCGCAGCCUUGCCAUCGUUUUCUCCAGGACUCUCAAGCAGCCGCUUCUUGCUGUAGCCUUACCUCGGGCAUCUCAACACAUGAGCAGCCACUUGAUGAUACGAGUUCAAGGUAUUCUCAUUGCAGAGGUUCUUGACAAAAGUCGCAAAUGUAAAGCUAGGGAAACAGCGGCUCUCACUCUUAUGAGCAAAGACGUCGAAGAUGUCGUGUCCAGAAACUUUCACGAUGAAUGCUUCCGCGACAAUCUACUGCGGACACUCAGCGAUCAGUCGCCAACAAGAGUGCGGAAUUCCGAGACAUGGCGGAAUUGUUUGCCAUGGCGACCCCAGCGUCUAUACGUAGCUGGAUUUAUCAUUGACUUAGUUGGAAGAUGGACGUUUGCUGCUUGGCUCGUUCCGGUUUUUCUCAUGUCGUUUGGCGAAAGCGUACCAGAUAACUUCAUCCGUGUUUGGGUUUCAGCUGCUCCCGAAGACCUGACCUAUUUUGCAGGAUACGUGGUUCUUCCUGUCAUCGGAGCUGUAGCUGGUCUUCUCCUAUACUACUUCUUACAAACUUCUCGUCAGGUGCGCUGCAUCCAGCUAGCCGCCAAGACACCGUUAUACAAACAUUCUGACGAGACAGCCAGCGGCUUACGCCAUUUAAGGGCCAUGGGCCUGCAGUCAGGUAACUUCCUCGUCGGUCUCGCGAUUUGGAUGUUUUCUCAGAAGACUGUGUUGGUUGAGCGUGGCAGUUGA